ACACUCACCUAGGACCGGCCGGGAUGCCGAGCUCUGUUGAAGAUGCACUGGACACCGGAACACGCCCAGCCUCUCAACCAGUGGCCAGAGCAGCACCUGGACGUCUCCUCCACCACCCCGUCGCCAGCCCACAAGUUGGAGCUGCCCCCUGGGGGUCGCCAGCGCUGCCACUAUGCUUGGGCGCACGACGACAUCUCGGCCCUGACGGCCUCCAACCUCCUCAAGCGCUACGCAGAGAAGUACUCGGGGGUCCUGGACUCGCCCUACGAGCGCCCCACCCUGGGCGCCUACGGCGACGCCGCCUUUCUCAACGGCGCCAAGGGGGACCCCGAGCCCUGGCCAGGGCCGGAGCCACACUACCCCUUGGCCUCGCUCCACGAAGGCCUGCCCGGAACCAAGUCGGGCAGUGGGGGCGGCUCCGGGGGCCUCGGGGGCUCCCCGGUUUUAGCCGGGAACCUGCCUGAACCCCUCUACGCCGGCAAUGCGUGCGGGGGCCCGUCGGCGGCGCCCGAGUACGCGGCCGGCUACGGCGGGGGGUACCUGGCCCCGGGCUACUGCGCGCAGACGGGGACCGCGCUGCCCCCGCCGCCCCCGGCCGCGCUGCUGCAGCCCCCGCCUCCGCCCGGCUACGGCCCCUCGGGGCCUCUGUACAACUACCCCGCGGGGGGCUACGCCGCGCAGCCGGGUUACGGGGCUCUGCCGCCGCCCCCGGCCCCGCCGCCCACCCCCUACCUGCCCUCGGGCCUGGCGGCGCCCACGCCCCUGCCCGCGCCCGCCCCGGCCCGGCCCGCGCCCGCCUCCUACGGCUUCCAGGCCGCCGCUCCGGGGGCGGAGGCCGGGGUGUCGCUGAAGCGCAAGGCCGCGGACGAGGGCGCGGAGGGCCGCUACCGCAAGUACGUCUACGAGCCCACCAAGGCCCCGGCGGCCGACGGCGCCGCCUACCCCGCCGCGGACAACGGCGACGGUCGAGGCAACGGGUUCCGGGCGAAGCCGCCGGGGGCGGUGGAGGAGGCGUCGGGCAAGUACGCCGGCGGCGUCCCGCUCAAGGUCCUGGGCUCCCCGGGCUACGGCCCGCAACUCGAGUCAUUUGAAAAGUUCCCGGAGCGCGCGCCGGCCCCGGUUCCCCGGGGGGCCUUUGCCUUGCCGUCGGAGGAGCCCCUCAAAGCUGUGGACCCGGGGGCCCUGGAGCUGGUGACGAGCAAGAUGCUGGACUGCGGGCCCCCGGUGCAGUGGGCAGACGUGGCGGGCCAGGGCCCGCUCAAGGCGGCGCUGGAGGAGGAGCUGGUGUGGCCCCUGCUGAGGCCGCCCGCCUACCCCGGCAGCCCGCGCCCGCCGCGGACCGUGCUGCUCUUCGGGCCGCGGGGGGCGGGCAAGGCGCUGCUGGGGCGCUGCCUGGCCACGCAGCUGGGAGCCUCGCUGCUGCGCCUGCGCGCAGCCUCGCUGGCCGCGCCCGGGGCCGCCGAGGGCGCGCGCCUCCUCCAGGCGGCCUUCGCGGCUGCGCGCUGCCGCCCGCCGGCGGUGCUGCUCAUCAGCGAGCUGGACGCGCUGCUGCCGGCCCGGGAGGACGGCGCCGCCGCCGCGGGCUCGCUGCUCGCGCCGCUCCUGGCUUGCCUGGACGGCGGCUGCGGCGCGGGGGCCGACGGCGUGCUGGUUGUGGGCACCACCUCGCGGCCCGCUGCUCUGGACGAGGCCACCCGCCGGCGUUUUGUUCUCCGCUUUUACGUGGCGCUGCCCGAUGGUACGGCCCGCGGACAGAUCCUGCAGCGGGCGCUGGCCCAGCAGGGCUGCGUGCUGAGCGAUCGGGAGCUGGCGGCCCUGGUGCAGGGCACCCAGGGCUUCUCCGGGGGCGAGCUGGGGCAGCUGUGCCAGCAGGCGGCGGCCGGGGCGGGCCUCCCGGGGCUGCAGCGCCCCCUCUCCUACAAGGACUUGGAGGCGGCCCUGGCCAAGGUGGGCCCCCGGGCCACCCCCAAGGACCUGGACUCGUAUGUGGAGUGGGACAAGAUGUACGGCUUCGGACACUGACGGCGCGACGGGGAGGCGCGGGAGCCGCCAUCCCCCCCUCCCCGGUCC